GUUGGUUCAGUUUCUCUCUGAUCAGCUGAUCGACAGCAGGAUUCUCUUAAAGUUUAUUUUUGGAUGAAAUGCUGAGAAGUUGGUGAAUCGAAGGAGGAGGAGGAGGAGGAGGAGGAACUGAUGAAGAUCAAACCCAGGAGAUGAUGGAUGCUGUGAGGAGCUGAGCAGAGAUGUACGAAGAGACCCGCAGAGGUGGAGGUCGUAAUGGCUACACCCAGGCUGUGGAUAGGGAGGACGGAGGGGAGGAGGGGGAGGAGGAGGAGGAGGAGGAGGACGGAGGAAAGAGAGAUGGAGGAGGAGGAGAAGGAGGAGGAGGAGAGGAGAGGGAUGCGGAGUGGGAUGAGGAGAUGGACGGAGAGAACGAGGGAGGCGUGAGGAUGACGAGAACCGACACGCUUCACUCAACGACAAGUUCAACAGGAACACAGAGACGCAGAGGACAACACGCUAAGAAACAGGUGCAGGGUAGUAACCAGGUCCAGCGAGCUCCACGAGCUUUAUACUGUCUGAAACUCAACAACCCGAUCAGACGAGCAGCGCUCUCCAUCGUCGAGUGGAAACCCUUUGACAUCUUCAUCCUGUUAGCUAUCUUUGCUAACUGUGUGGCUCUGGGAGUUUCCAAACCAUUUCCUGAGGACGACUCCAACUCCACCAACCAUGACCUGGAGCAAGUGGAGUACGUCUUCCUCAUCAUCUUCACCAUUGAGACCUUCCUGAAGAUCCUGGCCUAUGGUCUGGUGAUGCACCCCAGCUCCUACAUCCGCAACGGCUGGAACCUGCUCGACUUCGUCAUCGUCAUCGUUGGGUUGUUCAGUGUUGUCCUGGAGACGAUGACUCAUAAGUCCAGUGGCGAGCAGGCGAGUACUCAUCACGUCCCGGGAAAACCUGGAGGUCUGGAUGUCAAAGCUCUGAGAGCCUUCAGAGUCCUGCGGCCCCUCAGACUGGUUUCAGGAGUCCCCAGUCUGCAGAUUGUGUUGAACUCGAUCAUGAAGGCGAUGGUUCCUCUGCUCCACAUCGCCCUACUGGUCCUCUUCGUCAUCAUCAUCUACGCCAUCAUCGGUCUGGAGCUCUUCAUCGGUCGCAUGCACAGGACCUGCUACUACAUAGGAACAGAUAACUACGUGGAGGACGACCCCGUCCCCUGUGCCUUUGCGGGACAUGGACGUCUCUGCCUCGUUAACGGCUCCGAGUGUCGAGGGAGGUGGGACGGUCCCAACGGAGGAAUCACCAACUUCGACAACUUCUUCUUCGCCAUGUUGACGGUGUUCCAGUGCAUCACCAUGGAGGGAUGGACGGACGUCCUCUACUGGAUGAAUGAUGCCAUCGGCUUUGAGCUGCCCUGGGUUUACUUCGUCAGCUUGGUGAUCUUUGGCUCCUUCUUCGUCCUCAACCUGGUUCUGGGCGUCCUCAGCGGAGAGUUCAGUAAGGAGCGGGAGAAGGCGAAGGCUCGAGGAGAUUUCCAGAAGCUGCGUGAGAAGCAGCAGAUGGAGGAGGAUCUGAGCGGAUACAUGGACUGGAUCACUCAGGCCGAGGACAUGGACGAACUGGACGAGGACGGAAACCAUCGUCCGUCUCUGGGGGACCUGUCCGAUAAGAAGAGGGGGAAGUUCGGAUGGUUCAGUCACUCCAACGAAACUCACGCGAGUCUUCCAGCCAGUGAGACAGCGUCUGAAAACACAGAGAACAUUGAUGAGGACCACACUAACUGCUGUCAGUCCUGCUGUGCUCGGGUGAUGAAGAUUGGCUGCUGCCGGACGCUGCGUCGCUGGAAUCGAGUCUGUCGCAGAAACUGUCGAACCGCCGUCAAAUCUGUGACGUUCUAUUGGCUGGUGCUGCUGCUGGUCUUCCUCAACACCUCCCUCAGCGCCUCCGAGCACUACAACCAACCAGACUGGCUCACUCAAGUCCAGGACAUUGCCAACAAGGUGCUGCUGUCUCUGUUCACGGUGGAGAUGCUGUUGAAGAUGUACAGUCUGGGUCUGGCUCAUUAUUUCGUGGCGUUCUUCAACCGCUUCGACUGCUUCGUGGUGUGUGGGGGCAUCAUGGAGACCAUCCUGGUGGAGCUGGAGAUCAUGCCUCCGCUGGGCAUCUCGGUGCUGCGCUGCGUCCGCCUGCUGAGGAUCUUUAAGGUCACACGCCACUGGACGGCGCUGUCCAACCUGGUGGCGUCUCUGCUGAACUCCAUGAAGUCCAUCGCCUCGCUGCUGCUGCUCCUCUUCCUCUUCCUCAUCAUCUUCGCUCUGCUCGGCAUGCAGCUGUUCGGAGGGAAGUUCAACUUUGACGAGACGCAGACCAAGCGCAGCACCUUCGACGCCUUCCCACAGGCGCUGCUCACCUGCUUCCAGAUCUUGACAGGUGAGGACUGGAACGUGGUCAUGUACGAUGGCAUCAUGGCGUACGGCGGCCCCGUGUUUCCAGGGAUGAUCGUCUGCGUUUACUUCGUCAUCCUCUUCAUCUGUGGUAACUACAUCCUGCUGAACGUCUUCUUGGCCAUCGCCGUGGACAACCUGGCUGGAGGAGACGGAGACGACAAGAAGAAAGAGGAGAAGACGGAGGGAGGCGAGGAGGGGGAGGAGGAGGGGGAGGAGGGCCAGGCCGAAGAGGAGGUGGUGAAGGUGGACAUCGAUGAAGACACCGAGUAUGAGGAGGAGGAGCUUCCUGAAGGAGAGGACGACGGAGGAGUCCAGUUAAAGAUGGCCGACCUGGCUCCUCCGAAGGAGAAGAUUCUCCCCAUCCCAGAGGGAAGCGCCUUCUUCUGCCUCAGCAAGACAAACCCGAUCCGUGUGGGCUGUCACACUCUGAUCCACCACCACAUCUUCACCAACCUCAUCCUCGUCUUCAUCAUCCUCAGCAGCUGCUCAUUGGCCGCUGAGGAUCCAAUCAGAGCCCACUCCUUCAGGAACAACAUUCUGGGCUACGCAGACUACGCCUUCACCUCCAUCUUCACAGUGGAGAUCCUGCUGAAGGUAAAGCUGGUUUCAGGGUGGGUGAAUGUCAGAGCUGCCGUCUGUGCUCACGUCCUGUCUCUGUGCCAGAUGACCGUCCACGGAGCCUUCCUCCACCAGGGCUCCUUCUGCAGGAACUGGUUCAACUUGUUGGACCUGCUGGUCGUCAGCGUCUCGCUCGUCUCCUUCUUCCUGCACUCCAGUGCCAUCUCUGUGGUGAAGAUCCUGAGAGUCCUCCGGGUUCUCCGGCCGCUCCGAGCCAUCAACAGAGCCAAAGGACUCAAGCAUGUUGUCCAGUGUGUGUUCGUGGCCAUCAGGACCAUCGGGAACAUCAUGAUCGUCACAACGCUGCUUCAGUUCAUGUUCGCCUGCAUCGGAGUCCAGCUCUUCAAGGGUAAAUUCUAUCGCUGCACAGAUGAAGCCAAACACACUCCUGACCAGUGCAAGGGGACGUUUGUGGUCUAUAAGGACGGGGAUGUCAGUCAUCCUAUGGUGAGGGAGAGGAUCUGGCAGAACAGUGACUUCAACUUUGACAACGUCCUCAUGGGGAUGAUGGCGCUUUUCACUGUGUCCACCUUCGAGGGCUGGCCAGCUCUUCUCUAUAAGGCCAUCGAUGCUAACGGGGAGAACUCUGGUCCCAUCUAUAACUACCGGGUGGAGAUCUCCAUCUUCUUCAUCGUCUACAUCAUCAUCAUCGCCUUCUUCAUGAUGAACAUCUUCGUGGGCUUCGUCAUCAUCACGUUCAGGGAGCAGGGGGAGCAGGAGUACAAGAACUGUGAGCUGGACAAGAACCAGCGUCAGUGUGUGGAGUACGCUCUGAAGGCUCAGCCCCUGAAGCUCUACAUCCCCAAGAACCCGGUCCAGUAUAAGUUCUGGUCCAUCAUCAACUCCACGGGAUUCGAAUACGUCAUGUUUGUUCUGAUCCUGCUCAACACCGUGACCCUGGCUGUUCAGCACUAUGAACAGUCCAAAGGCUUCAGCUACAUCAUGGACAUCCUGAACAUGGUCUUUACUGGACUCUUCACUGUGGAGAUGCUGCUGAAGCUGCUGGCUCUCAGACUCAGGCAUUACUUCAUCGAUGCCUGGAACUCGUUCGACGCUCUGAUCGUGGUCGGCAGCGUGGUCGAUAUCGUUGUCACUGAGUUCAGUAGUGGAGAGGACAGCUCCCGGGUGUCCAUCACCUUCUUCCGUCUGUUUCGAGUGAUGCGAUUGGUCAAGCUUCUCAGUAAAGGGGAGGGGAUUCGAACGCUGCUGUGGACAUUCAUCAAAUCACUGCAGGCGCUGCCCUACGUCGCUCUGCUCAUCGCCAUGAUCUUCUUCAUCUACGCCGUCAUCGGAAUGCAGACCUUUGGGAAGGUCGCCAUGCAGGACUACACUCAGAUCAACAGGAACAACAACUUCCAGACGUUCCCCCAGGCCGUCCUCCUGCUCUUCAGGUGUGCGACAGGUGAGGCGUGGCAGGAGAUCAUGUUGGCCAGUCUCCCAGGGAAACGCUGCGACCCUGAGUCUGACUACGAGCCGGGGGAGGAGUUCAGCUGUGGCAGCAACUUCGCCAUCGUUUACUUCAUCAGCUUCUUCAUGCUGUGUGCCUUCCUGAUCAUCAACCUGUUUGUCGCCGUCAUCAUGGAUAACUUUGACUAUCUGACGCGUGAUUGGUCGAUUCUGGGGCCGCAUCACCUGGACGAGUUCAAGAGGAUCUGGUCCGAGUACGACCCGGAGGCCAAAGGUCGGAUCAAACAUCUGGACGUCGUUGCUCUCCUCAGAAGGAUCCAGCCUCCUCUGGGCUUCGGGAAGCUCUGUCCCCACCGGGUAGCCUGCAAGCGUCUGGUGGCCAUGAACAUGCCUCUGAACUCUGAUGGGAUGGUGACCUUCAACGCUACGCUCUUCGCUCUGGUCCGGACGGCUCUGAAGAUCAAGACCGAAGGUAACCCUGACCAGGAGAACGAGGAGCUGAGGGUGAUCAUCAAGAAGAUCUGGAAGAGGAUGAAGCCCAAGCUCCUGGACGAGGUCAUCCCCCCCCAUGAAGAGGAGGAAGUGACCGUGGGGAAGUUUUACGCCACCUUCCUGAUCCAGGACUACUUCAGGAAGUUCAGGAAGAGGAAGGAGAAGGGAGGACUGGACGGAGACACGGACGCCAGCAACCCGUCCGCCGUCCAGCUGUGUAAGGCCGGUCUGAAGACUCUCCAGGACCUGGGUCCAGAGAUGCGUCUCGCUCUGAACGAGGACCUGGAGGACGAGGAGGACGUGGCAAUGGAGGACGAGGAGCUGGAGGACAACGCCGAGUAUCAGAACGAUGAUGACUUCAGACCAGAGACUGAGAGACGGAGCUCACUACUGUCCCCUACUGGUCCAGGGGGAGUCGUGGGGGAUGGCGGUGUCUCUAACGGAGGACUUGUUCACCGGGUCGGGUCUUUCACAAAGACGGUGAACGGGGGCGAACACGACUCGUCUCUAGGACGCGGAGACAGCAUGAGGACGUCCGUCAAUCACCGCCGCAGGACGUCCACCAAGACCACCGUCCUAGACCACGCCCACAAGAGGACGCCACACCACAGACAUGGAAGGCGGGACUCCAGGGACAGGACAUGGAGGGACGGGGACAUGGACACGUACGGAGAACAGGGUUACUACAGCAGAGACGAGGACAACGACAGCAUCGGCUCCAGAGACAGAGACAGACAUUAUCCUGAUGAGCCUCCUCUCUACAGAGACCACUACAACGGUCACGCUCCCUACAACAGUAGCUAUGGUAACGGCUAUAGCGACGGCCGGAGGACCACCCGCAGACGCCUCCUCCCGGCCACGCCCACAGGUCGUAAACCGUCCUUUAACAUCCAGUGUCUGAGGAGACAAGGGAGCAGUGAUGACCUCCCCAUACCUGGGACGUACCACCCCACCUCCCCCCCACGCCGCACACACACACAGCAGACGUUCAGUAGUUAUGAGUCCCGCCUCUCCUCUGCCGCCUCCUCGGCGUCCUGGGCCAACCCGUGUCCUCGCCGUGGUCGCCUCCUCUACGCUCCUCUCAUCCUGGUGGAGGAGGAGGGCAGUCCUCCCUGGGGGGGCGGGGGGAAGAAAGGAGGAGGCGUAACGGGCGGAGCUCCCAGACCGGCCUGGUACGGUGACCCCGGAGGGACAUCAGCUCCGCCCCCCUACCGAGCGUACACCACCCUCAGAGUUCCCUCCCAGCUCGGAGCCCCGUUCACCGAGAAGAGAGGGUCGGCCGACAGCCUGGUGGAGGCGGUUCUGAUCUCAGAGGGUCUCGGCCUUUAUGCCAGAGAUCCAAAGUUCGUGGCGUUUGCGAAGCGUGAGAUCGCGGACGCGUGUCACAUGACCGUGGAUGAGAUGGAGUCGGCCGCCAGCGACCUGCUCGGCUCGGGAAGCCACGCCUUCCUCGCCAACGCCGACCCCGCCCUCUACAGCGACGAGGAGCCAAUCAGGACGGGCCGGGACGAGGACGAGCUGGCGGACGAGAUGACCUGUGUGACGUCCUUCUGAGGCUCUGGACCAAUCAGAGAGCCAGAGGGCCUGGAGGGGGCGUGGCCUCUGAGCAGCAGGACAGAUGAUUGGACGUCCACCGACAGAUACGAGGAAGGACGGAUGUUAGACGAGACUGAAGACGAGAAGAAAAUGGAUCAAAGACAAUUUCUGACGUUUGUCAGAAAGAGUCCAGACCCCACAGAGCGACGCAGCCUCACACUCUACCCACAAUGCAUCUGUGCUGCUGUCACUUCACCACCUGUCAGCUGAUGUAAAUAUUCACGUCUGAACUAAUGAAACCGAUUAAAUUCUGUUGAAGUUUGAAUUUAAAUCUGAUGAAGAUUAAACUAAACGCUUCAUUUUUUUCUGUGAAUUUCAAACUGAAUAUUGAUGAGUUGAUUUAUUUUUGAGUUUAUAUUUAUAUUAAGAAAUAUUUAGUUCCAGUUUGUUCAAAUAAUCUUCAUUUCAAUAAUGACCAACAGAAAAGAACCAGCAGCGUAAACUUAACAUUAGCACAGAGACGGCUCAACAGCGGAGAAACUUAUAGAGCAGCUACUUCUGUAAUGUUAGCGUGAUUUGAUACGUGUUAAACCCAUGUUAUAAAUUAGAUGGAUUAAAUUAAAUUAAAUAUCUUUUCUUUAUUCUCUAUGUUUCAGCAUACAGAAAAUAUUAAAAAGAUGUUCUCUCUCUCACACAUAAAAUAUGUAGAAUAAAAUUCUAAAUGAACAAAAUGUAAAGUUAAAAACGGACAAAAUAAAUAUUCUGGACUGAGAGAAAAAUAAAUAAAAUCAGCCUGUUUACAACAGUGUAAACAGCAUUAUCAGGCGGUUAGCAUCACCAGGCUAUUAGCUCAUUGUAGCUUCAUCAGGCUGUUAGCUCAUUGUAGCUUCAUCAGGCUGUUAGCUCAUUGUAGCUUCAUCGGGCUGGUAGCUUAGCGCAACUCUGAUACUGUUGUUGUCUAAACAAAUAUUAGCGUUGUUCAUCAUUAACCUCCACUGUAUCCUCAGAAAACGACAUAAAGAGGCUUAAAGCUAAUGAUGCUAACACAUCUCAGCUACAUGUUAGCUAGUGGGCUAAUGCUAUGCUACUGCUGCUUUUGUUUUUGAAGCAGAUUUAACUGAAUUAAGUUGAAAUGAAACCAAAGAACCGACGGACGCUGACGUAAUGAACUCAUCAGGAAUAUGAAUUAAUUAACGAACUAAUGAAGUGACACAUGAUUCAUUUUAUUUACAUAAAGACUGAGAUAAUUAAAGGUUCAUCAUCAUUAAUUAACGGUCUCUGUCUGGUCUGAACUGAGAGUUUGUCUGGUUGUGUCUGAGCUUCAUGUGUUUUUUAUUCUGUGUUUCUUUGUGUUUUCAUCGUCGUUGUUUUUCUUUCCAGGGUUGAGUUAAAGGGCUUUGAUUCAUUUCUCCCCAAAACCUGAUUUACCUCAAAUAAAGACACAAAAAAAAACCUG